GGGCCCCCUUCAGGUCUUUUACAAGGAUUCGUGGGAUGAUCUCAGUGCCACCGUAUUGUCUUCCUCUAAAAAUAAAAACAGAAAGACCUGUUUCAGAGUGUAGAUAUUUCGGUGUCUUUGCAGUAGAGAGUCGGGGGUUACACUUGUCUUUUAAUUGGUUUCUCAGGGUGUGCUGCUGGUGUUUUAUCUUCAGCUGUGGAUGGCUGAAUGGUGAGCUGUAAAAAAAAGAAAGAAAGGAAGCUUCCCCUGGCAGGCAUCUUCCCCCUCAGUCAGUCUGACCGCCCACAGUCCGGGGGGAGAAAGUGCUGCUUUGUGAAUGAAGGGAGCGGCGGAGGGCAGAAAACAAACUUUACCAAAUCCAUUUCCGACGUUUUCACUUCCAACCGGACACGUUUCGACGGUGCAACAGGCGACACCUGGCCGACAAGGACCAAAGAAAACACAAAGCUCCCCUUCCUGGGUUAUUUCGGAGAAGCUGUAAAUCAUGGUGGUCAGUUUGGCCUGUGUGGCCUGUCUCUGCCUGGUGGUGGUAGUCAGCGGCGACCCCUGCCUCAUCAUCAGCGAGAUCAAUGCCGACAACCCCAGACUGGACACCACUGAGUUUGUGGAGCUGUAUCACACGAGUGGACAGCGUUCCUCCCUGGACGGCUACACUCUGGUGUUCUUUAACGGAAAUGGUAACAUAGCCUACAAGGUGCUGGACCUGAAAGGCCACAGCACAGACGACAGGGGGUUCUUCCUGGUGGGUUCGGUGGACAUGCUGCCCAAACCCGCCAUCCUCCUGCCUCCAAACACCGUCCAGAACGGGCCCGACGCCAUCGUCCUCUACCACACAUCUGCUUCCCGCUACAACGAGAAGAUGAACGUCACCGCCUUUGGGCUGGUGGACGCCGUGGUGUACAUGACCCGGCGUACUGGGGGCGCAGAGUUCCUCGCUGAGACUCUGACCCCAGGAGAGCCGGCGUUUGUGGAGGACGAAUCGACCCUGGAGGGGGACGAGUCCAUCGAGAGGUGCCUGCUGUCUGAAGACCACUGGGGCUUUCAGGUGUCCUCCCCUUCCCCGGGUCAGAGGAAUAACUGCACCCCGCCUGCGGCUCCAGCAACCAUUCCUGUGAUCACAGAGCUGAAGCUGGGAGGAGGGCAGGUGGACGGCUUCGUGGAGCUGACCGAGGCUCCGGCUGCCGGUCCUCUGGCGCUGGUUGUGCUGAAUGGCAGAACGGACAGGGUCAGCGUGAGCGUGGACGUGAACGUGGAAACAUCCAGGAACGGGUUGAUCUCCGUGAACAUUGAGAAGAGCUUCAUGAAAGGAGAUGAUUCUGGGGCAGUGGCUAUUUACAGUGGCAGAGCCGUGGACUUCCCCUCGGGCAGUCCGCUGAGCCAGAUACAGCCUCUAGAUGCAUUUGUGUUUGCUGGACCUGGAAACAAGCCGAGCGCCAACCUCACUGAGAUUCUCAUCCCCGGCAGAGAGCCCUACCAACUCAGCAACAGUUUAAGAGAAGGGGGCUACUAUCUGAGUCGCUGUGGUGUGGCCACCUGGGCCAGAGACCCUGGUGUCUUCUGGGAGGCCCCGCAGACUCCAGCUCAGCCAAACCAGUGCCCCUGGCCAAAGAUCUGCCCCCACAGCAUGGUGCUUCCAGGAGGCACAGAUUCCCCUCCCCACCUCCCACCCUGGGGCAACAGCGACUUUCUGAUCAACGAGCUGAACACCGACACACCCGGCGCCGCUGAGGACGGCGAGUACAUCGAGCUCUGGCACCCAUCGGGGCGCCGGGUGUCCCUGCAGGGCAUCUGGAUCCUGCUCUUCAGCGCGCACAACAACAAACCCUACAGGGAGAUCAGUCUGAGUGGACACUACACCACCUCUAAGGGCUACUUCCUGCUGGGCAGUGACAGGCUGGUGCCGGCUCCGUCGCUCCGCCUGCCCCCCAACACCAUCCAGAACGGGCCCGACGCUGUGGCGCUGUAUCGCAGCCCCUAUGGCCCGCCGUCCGCCUCACAGCGGGGGAUCCCCACCAAAGGGCUGCUGGAUGCGGUGGUGUACCGGCAGAGGGGAUCAGAUAAGGAGGCGCAGGAGCUGAGUAAAGCUCUGACCCCGGGACAGCUCCCUCUGCUGGAGGACCCUGAUGUUCUGCCCGGAGACGAGGCCCUCAGCCGCUGCAGAGGCCUCUACCCCUACGACCUGUCCGCUUUCUCAGUGGCUCCGCCCACGCCUCUGAGGGAGAACAGCUGCCCCCGCCCGCCUCCGGCCCCUGAGGGUGUGGUCAUCAGUGAGGUGGCGAGUAGCCACUGGACCAAUCACAACCAGCAGAGGAGCUUUGUGGAGCUGCACGGCCCCCCCAGGACGGACCUGCGGGGCCUGGUGCUCUCGGUGUUCGACCAGGAGCGCAGCGGCACCGUCAUCGCUCUGCCUCUGACCGGAUCUGUGGACGCGGACGGACUCUACGUAGUUGGAAAUGUCACCGGAGCAGAUCAGACGUUUCUGGAAGGUUCCGCGGUGCCGGCACGAGGAGCGGUGGUCCUGUGCUACGACCUGUUCAGUGUCUGCAGAGCCGGCACUGCGCUGACCAACUCCAGCCUCAGAGACGUCCUGGUGUUCAGUGAAAACCAGCAGCUGCUCUCCUCGCUGUCGUCCAGCAGAGGGAGACAAGUGAUUCCAGCUGCCAGGUCAGUGGAAGACGGUCCCGUGUCGCUCAGCCGGUGUUCGUGCUGCGACGUGAGGAGCCCAUCCUCCUGGACCACCUCCUCGCCCACUCCUCACAGCAUCAACCUCUGUCCCAGCUCCGCCUUCUCCAGUCACAUUGACCUUUGCCUCGGACCCCUGUCCAGUGACGCGCAGCAGCAGCAGUCUGGAGACUGCAGUAGUGUGAUCCAGGGGAAGAGGGUCGCUGAAGUGGCCGAAUACCUGGAGCAAAGGUGUCACUGUGGCAUCUCAGCCUUGUACCUCCAAGGGGCCAACUUUUCCUGUGUUUCUGGCUGGCUACGAGUGUGGGGGAACAUCCAGGCGCUGUCGGACCAUCAGAAGGCCCUAAUCAUCCAGACUUCGCACAUGAGUCCUUCGUCUGCUCAGGGAGACUUCUGCUCUGCUCCAACCACGGGACGCUACUCAAGCACAGCGUCGGCCCUGGGCUUACAGAUCGGGCUGAUCGUCGCCGUGCUCCUCCUGCUGGGAUUGGGAGCGGCUUUAUUCACGUACUUCUACAGGAGGAGGCGCCCGAUGGACUACUACACCAUGGAGCUGAGUGAGCACGCAGAGGGACUGUCAGAUCUAUAAUCCAGGCGUCUGGAAGUGCUCGUGUGCGUGGGAAGACUUCACCAGAGGGAGCGGGCGGUAAUCAGAGGUUAAUUUGACCCGAACGUAACUGAUUGUGCGGUUGUUAAAACAGGUGCCACCACAAGUGUCCUUCUGAGUGUCUUUGAGCAGAUCCCUGACUAAAUGACUGGGGAUUGUCUUGUUAACAGCCUUGUGGUGUCGAGUCUGUGCGUUUUCUCAUCCAUGGCACUGCUGACAUCCCCACAGCGAUCCAUGAAUCUAAUAAGAAAAGCAAGAUGAUACCAUAUUUUUAUAAAGGUCGAUGUGCAGCCUUUGCCUGUGAACAGUGCUGGUUACUACUUUUAAAGGAAAAGGAAGAUAAAAAGGGAGGGUUUUCUUUUAAUACUUGAGUCCUAAAUGGUCAUUUUUGUUGACUUGUUUAUGUUGUAUUUAAAAAUUAAAAAAACAACCAUGCUAUGCAGGAAGCUCUAUCCACAUAAUGACUUUCAUCACAUCCAGAUGUUGUAACCAAGAUAAUAUUCGUGACACAUUUAGUCUUCAAAACAGUCGACUUCCUGCUUCGUCCUCCUGCUACAUGCUGUGCAAAUGUUAUUCCUACUCUCUGAAAGGGCGCCAUUGUGUUUUUAAUGUGAAUGUCUUUAGCUAACGUGAUGAGCGUCUGUAACCACUCCUGUGUGCUUACUUAAAGCAAACUGUUUACAUUUUCUGGAAAAUUAGAAAGGGAUGCGAGAGAGUAAAUGAAUGAAGCGUAUUUGUUUUUGAAAAAUUGCUUAAGAAAAUCCGAAAAAAAGUUGUUUAUUUGUGAUUUUUUUUGUUUGUUGUUGUUUGUUUUGGUGGAUAAGAAACCUCUACUGUGCCUGAUUUACUUCUGUGUUAUUUGAUCAGCUGAUUCCUCAUUUAUUGGAGGGAAGGUACAGCCAUAAGUGUAAAUACUAUGGAUAUGUCAUUAGUUAUAAUCAAUCUGAAGGAAACAAAUAUUGUAGAAAUACAAAAAAAACAUCUAGAUUUUUGAUUCAGUUCUUUUAAAAAAUAGUAAAAAAUCUAAAUACUUAAAUUGGGCAAUUAAUCAUAAACAUCAAAUACAAAGUGGCAUUAAAUAAACAUGUCAGCCUGCAUAUGACGUUGUAUUUUUAAUAUUGCUUACCUUGUAAUGUCGCAUUGCUCAACUGUUUUGGUGCAAAGAAUUUCCACUCCUUGUAAAUACAUUUUAAAAGGAAACUUGAUUUUAAAACGACAAAAUCAUGUAAAUGAAGUCCUCUUUUGUAAGGAAAAAAUCCACCCCCCCUGAAAUUGUGCUAUGUAAAAAAUGUAUUUUACUGUAAACUUCUAUAUUUUUAGGUUGUAUGUAAAACGGCACAUUUAGAAAGGUUUAAAAAAUAAAAAAAAGGGAAGGAAGCAAUUGCACUUCAAAUCAAUAUGUUGGCAUGCACAUGUGGUGAAUCACUCUGAAGAAGCUGCACGACGCCAACGAAAUGUAUGAUUCUGCUCAGAGCACGUAUUAAACACGAGAAUCACAUCAAUCAUAAGUUCAAAUCUAACUGUAGGAGAAACCACAAACUCUUCCUGGGUACGAGAAGUCUCUGUGUAGCAGCAGAUAACUCACACAUGCCUCAGAAAAACAUUAGAAAGAAAACGCGUGUAGCUUUUUCCUCCCCGGGUAACAAUUUCAAUGCUUUAUUUGUGUUUCUUUGCCGUCUUAUUUUCCUUCCAGUGUCGUGCACAUGUAGCAGGUUUGAAAUAAAACACUUCAGAUGAUGA